UAUGAUAAUUUUAUUAAUUAAUUAUUUUUUAUAAUAAUAUUAUAGAAAAUUAAUCAUUCAAAAUUCAAAAUUUUAACUUUUAGUUUUAUUUAUUUAAAAAGAAAAGAAAAAAAAAAUUUACUUUAUGAAACAAUUUUAUUUUAUAAUAAUUCAAUUACUAUUUAUAUUAAUAUUUAUCUGUGAAUCACAUUAAACAGAACACCAAUAUUUUAAAAUCAAAAUAUCAAAAGAUUUUAUUUUUAACAUUAACACAAAAUUGAACAUUGUAAUACAAUCACAUUGUUUUGAACAAAAAAUCUCACAAAUUUUAAUAAAACAAAAUCUAUUCCGAAUAAUUAAUUUUUUUUUUGGUAUCAGUUUAUCUAUGAUUCACCAAAUCGUUUAAAGUAAAAAUCAAACUAUAAAUUUUAACAAUUAUAAAUCAUUCGUGAAAAUGAAUACAUAAAAAGAAAAAAGAAAAAAAAUAUCACAAAGAACAUGUUCCACGAAUCGUGCGAUGUCCAAUUGAAUUUCGAUUUGCUGAAAAAUCCCUUUCUAAUGCACUGUCGCUUUUUACUUGCUUUAAGAUUCUACUCCAUGUUCCCAUGGCCGUUCCGCAUUUCGAUCCAAUGAAAGAAUUUACAAGCCUUUCUAGCUCCGAGCGGUUUGUUCUAGUGGGACGUCCGGCGAUGACUGGCCCACACACACGCUUAUACACGUUCGAACACACGCACAACUGACUUCUCCUUUUCCCAUUCACCAGACUUACGCGGCUGGUUACGUGCUCAAUCGUUGUUACUUCUAUGUGGUAUCUGUUCGCGAUGUCCCAUCCUAGAGCUGCGAUUAAAUCGUCCACUCUUCCUAGUAAUUCCUCAUCGCCAGCGGUUCUCAUAGUCAAGUUCGUGGUUUACUAGAGAAAAAGUUUACUGUUUGAUCGGUAACAGUGGCGCGGAGACAGAGGAAAGAGAGAAAGAGAUUCGCCAGACGGUCUCAUCAGCAUAGGUGAUGGGUCGAGAUGCGAGUGGGGCUAGAGCUAGUAUAAAAGAGGGUCCGUGGCAUCCGUGGAGCAUCAGUCCUCAAAUCCAAGGAACAGCAGCUACCAUGAGGGCAUUCAUGAUCGUGGUACUCGCCGCUUCAGCAAUGGCGCGGCCAGAAGCCGGUUACUCUUAUUCUCAGCCUAGCUCCUCUUACGGAGCACCAGGAGGUGGCACUACCGGAAUCGGAGGAUUGGGUAGUGGAUUAGGCGGUGGACUUGGAGGUGGACAUGGUGGUGGAAUCGGCGGUGGAUUGGGCAGUGGAUUGGGCGGUGGACUUGGUGGUGGACUCAGUGGUGGAUUCGGUGGAGGUUUCGGUGGUGGCUUUGGAGGUGGCAUUGGUGGCGGUGGCGGUGGUGGUUUUGGUGGAGGCGUUGGAGGUGGCUUCGGAGGAGGUUCUCUGAUUCAGAAACACAUUUACGUGCAUGUGCCACCACCAGAAGCUCCGGAAGACAGACCAGCCAGACCUAUUGCACCACCACCACCACCUCAGAAACAUUACAAGAUUAUAUUCAUCAAGGCGCCUACACCACCAACUCCCACUGCUCCUGUCAUUCCUGCUCUUCCUCAACAAGAUGAACAGAAAACAUUGAUUUACGUGUUGGUUAAAAAGCCAGAAGAAGCGCCAGAAAUCACAUUACCCACCAUUGCUCCUACCCAACCGAGCAAACCAGAAGUAUACUUCAUCAAAUACAAGACUCAGAAGGAAGUUACCUCUGGUGGUGGAGGCGGUAGCGGCGGCGGUGGAAUCGGCGGUGGAAUCGGCGGUGGAAUCGGAGGCGGAAUUGGCGGAGGAAUUGGAGGCGGAAUUGGUGGAGGAAUCGGUGGAGGAAUCGGUGGAGGAAUCGGUGGUGGAUCCGGUGGAGGCAUCGGAGGACUGGACGGUCAUGGCGGCAGCGGACCAAGCGGACCUAGCACAUCUUACGGGACACCCGGCGCUUCAGGGCCUUACUAGUCACUCAAAAUGCCCAUUGAACCCCCGCAGCUCCUCCUCUACCCGUAAUCGAACCUAUGUCUACGCUCCGCGACACGCACGCAUUCACGGCUUCGGCCACGGCUCAAUAGCGAUCCUAUUGGACGCGACACACUGUGAUCCCACGUGGACGACCGCGGCGACGAGCAGGAACAAAACAAUCGAGUGGAUAAUCGAUAGUAACACGAGGCUCCUGCUUGCGAUUCGGCGUUAUAUGAUUAGUAAGAAUAACGCAAAGACGACCACAAUUUUGUGGAUUACCACGAUGGCUAGGAUGAUGAUGAUGAUAAUGAUGAUGAUAAUAAUGACGACGAUCAAGAUGAUGAUGAUGGUGAUUCUAACAGAUGUUAGAAACACGAUAACCAAGACGACGACGACGACAACGAUUAGAAUUAAAUGUUUUUUUAUACGUUACUUUUUGCAAGAAAACGGUGGCGAAAUAAAGCUUUUUUUAUGUAUUUUUACAUAAAA